AUGCCAAUAAAAGGGUAGGCUUUAAAAAGAUAUACUCAGUAAAUUCUGACUUUUUGUAAGGUACCUGAAGUUGUGAGAUAAAAAAGAAUUGGUACAGUCUUAGAUAAAGAAUAGACUUACAUAGAGUGA